CUGUUUCACAUUCAAUGUUUACUAUAUGUUUUCAUAAUCAUCCGGAACAAAUCGCACUGGACCGAUUUCUUACAUCACCGUACGUAUUGACUGCCUUUAAUUUCUGUGACACCGUCUGCUUCAAUAUUUCAACACAUGUAACAUGGACGACAUUUAAUUUUCUGAGGAAAUCGAGACAUAUCACUGUCAAUUUACCACAAACAAUCUACUGACUACUUGUAAACCUUUCUGGUGGAAUAUUAUAAUUACAAUUUUCGAAACAAGUUGUGUUCUUUAUAUAUUUGCCGAGAUUGCGAUACAGUCACCUGGUUAAGCUAGCUGAGUCAGGCUCAGCAUAGUAAAUUGACAACAACUUGUCUACACAUCUCCUGAUCAGGAAAUACAACGGAGCAUCGUUCGUAGCUGUUACCUUGACACUACGCAACACAGCUUGUGUUUUGGCAGCAAACAAACAACGUUGAGCCAUCAUGGAUCCCAGUCAAGCGGAACAGCAAGAAGAGGUUCAGCCCCCAGAGGGAGAUGUCCCUGAAGAACUUAUAGAGAAUCCGUCUAAUACCACACAUUUAGAUGAAAAUCCCGAGACGAGGCGAGUACGAGACCUCACGGAAAAAGGUAAAGGAGCUUUCACAGAAAAACGUGACAAGUUCUGUCAGGAACUAGAGGCCCUCUGGUCAGAUGUAGAGUCCCAGUUAUCGGAAGUCACCACGCCUCCUAACAAGAUACAGCAAAUCUUGACAGCCCAGGAUAACCUUGUUAAAGCCUGCACAAAUUAUCGUAGGCUCACAGAUGAGUACCUGGACUUUCUGAAAAGGACCAGAACAUUGGACAGUCAAAAAGACAUAGACGCAUGCAAUCUCACAUUGGAUAUUCGUCUGUCCAAAGUGGACCAUGCCCUAGAAACAUUGCACGAACAUCGGCUCGACCUGACAAAGGCUAAAUCUACUAAAACAAAGACCUCAAAAAGUAAGAAAACCUCACAUAGUGGUAGCUCUAACGUGUCUGACAUGUCAAGCCUAGCACGGAGGAAGCGUGCCAAAGCAGAGGCCGCUAAAUCAAAAAUAGCCUUUGUCGAACAACAUGCACUUAUCCUACAACAGGAGGCGAUGUUAGAGGAACAAGCCCUGUUCAGACAAACUGAAAUGGAACAGGGAGCAGCACGCAAAAAGGCUGAAAUGGAACAGGAAGCCACACGCAAAAAGGCUGAAAUGGAGCAUGAAGCAGAGCAAGAGGCCAUACGCAGGAAAGCACAAAUUAAACAGGAGGCCGCACGUGUCAGCCGGGAAAAAACCGAGCUGAAAGCCAAGUUAAACCUUCUAGAAGCACAGAAAGAAGCUGCAGCCGCAGAAGCCGAGGCUCGUAUCCUAGAGUAUGAUGACAGCCAAGCGCUAGACGAUCUCCCUAAAGAGACGGAAGACCCGCUCCAACGUGUGCAAGACUUUGUUAAUAAACAUCCUGAACCAACCGCCAUACAGGAAGCGACAGCCCCUCAACAGAAAAAACAAACGUCUGUUAAGUAUGAGCUUAGUCAUGAAGCGCCAGACUUCGUGCCCUCCGUGGCAUUGAACCUGCCAUCACAGACACCUGCGGUGUCGCCUACACAUGCUAAGUCACCGGAAGUUAAUGUAUUCCCAGAUCUGGGAACAAUAACUGGCAUAGGAAAACAGGGCGUUUCAGAACAGAUCCCUGUUGCAUACCAAAAACUAGGCGUCUCAGAGGAGAUCCUUGCUGAACACCAAAAACAGGGUGUUGCAGAAGAAAUCCCUGUUGCACACCAGCAACAAAUCAACCCUACGUCGGAGAUAACCAGAUUUCUCCUACGCAAGGACCUGCUGUUCUCCCGGCUAACAAGCUUUAAUGACCGGGCAGAAUCUUUCCAUACAUGGAAAGCCAGCUUUAAAAACGUGACAGACGAGUUACAAGUUUCUGACUCGGAACAGAUUGAUCUUCUGAUCAAGUGGCUCGGUCCAGAGUCUGCUAAACAUGCCAUUAGCAUAAGAGCGUCGAACGCCAAUAACCCUACAAAAGGCAUACAGAGACUAUGGAAGAGGCUUGACGAGCGGUAUGGUGCUCCAGAAAUGUUGGAGGCCUCACUCACGAGUAAACUUGCCAAAUUCCCAACCUUGACGAAUAAGGACAACGCACGUCUCUAUGAACUGUCUGACAUUCUAUCAGAAAUAGAAUAUCACAAGGAAAAUCCCAAGCUGGGAUGUCUGCUAGCUUAUUUUGAUUCACCGUCCGGAAUAAACCCUGUCAUUGAAAAACUACCAUAUGGACUUCAGGAAAAGUGGAUUACAAGGGCGUCGAGAUACAAAUCUAACCACGGCGUUGCCUUUCCUCCUUUUACAGAGUUAUCUGCAUUCAUCAGUGAAAUCAGCAGAAUUAAAAACGAUCCUGGAUUCAUCUUUGGGUCAAAAGUCACACCAAAUACAAAAGGUGCUGCGCCAAGGUUCACGUCUUACCCCAAGACUAAAGUUGGUACUCAUAAGACAGCGGUUGAGCAGCAAUCUGGAGACGCCAGCAAACAAGGUCUUUGUAUUCUGCACAAUACAAAGCAUUCCUUAAAUGAAUGUCGAGCGUUCCGAGCCAAGUCAAUUGAGGAACGCAAAGGUCUUUUGAAACAAAACAAUGUCUGUUACAAGUGUUGUGAUUCCACCACACACAGAAGCCGGGAAUGCAAUGCACGCAUAAGUUGUAAAGAAUGUGGAAGUAAACAACACACUACUGCACUUCACAUCACUAAACCACAGCAACCUGCAAGUUCUCAUUCUAGCCCGCCCAAGCAAGCCUACGGCGGGGAGCCAACAGAAUCGGCUGAAACUAAGUCAACCUCAGUUAAUUCUACCUGUACCGAGAUCUGCAAGGAUAUAUAUAGCGGGAAAUCUUGUGCUAAAAUACUACCUGUGAAUGUUUAUUACAAGGAUAACCAGGACAAAGUUAUCCGGAUGUACGCCAUCAUUGACGACCAAAGCAACCGGUCACUAGCAUCGCCUGAAUUCUUCAACCUUUUCGACGUAAGAGACAAACCGGAGAACUAUACCUUAUCAACAUGCUCCGGCAGAGUAGUCACUUCCGGGAAAAGAGGAAGAGGUUUCGUCAUGGAAUCAAUAAAUGGCAAUGACAAAUUUGACCUGCCUGUACUGAUAGAAUGUGACCAUAUUCCUAAUAAUAGGGACGAAAUACCGACUCCUGAAGUCGCAAUGCAUCACCCUCAUUUAAAAGAACUCAGAGGUAGCAUUCCACCAAUAGAGGAAAAUUGCCAAAUUCUUCUCUUAAUUGGCAGAGACCUUAUAGAGGCACACCACGUCCUGGAUCAGCGCAUAGGACCACCCAGAACUCCAUAUGCACAACAGUUGAAACUGGGUUGGGUAGUGAUAGGAGAAACUUGCAUUAACAAGCAGCAUGUGCCUCUUGAAUUAAAUGUCAAAAUAACCAACAUUUUACCUACAGGACAACCGUCAACGUUUCAACCAUGUACAAGCAAAUUCGACAUUCGGGAAAACUACACAGACCCCGUUAAGAAAGAUUUACAAUCGCCUCUCUUUGAAAAAACUAGGGACGAUGAUAAACCCGGAAUGUCAUUUGAAGACAAAAUGUUCAUGAAACAGAUGGACAACGAAUUUGUCAGAGACUCGGAAGGAAGUUGGGUAGCACCGUUACCGUUCCGAGUGCCAAGACAGUCUUUGCCUAGCAACAGACAACAAGCUCUUCAUCGUGCUAAUAUGUUAGACGCAAGUCUGAAUAGAAACCUAGUAAAGCGGGAACACUUCCUCACAUUUAUGAGUAAGAUCCUAGACAAUAAUCAUGCAGAGCUCGCUCCACCGUUGGACGAACAUGAAGAGUGCUGGUAUUUACCAUUGUUUGGUGUUUAUCACCCAAAGAAACCCGAUCAGAUUAGGGGUGUGUUUGAUUCAUCCGCCAAAUGUAACGGAGUUUCACUCAACAGCGUCCUGCUAACAGGUCCAGACUUGACCAAUGAUCUCUUGGGAGUACUGCUGCGUUUCAGGAAAGAAAUGGUCGCAGUAACUGCAGACGUUCAACACAUGUUUCACUGCUUUGUAGUAAGAAAAGACCACCGAAAUUAUCUGAGAUUUUUAUGGCAUAAAAACAACGACCUACAAGAGAACCUUGUCGAAUUCCGCAUGAGAGUUCAUGUUUUUGGAAAUAGUCCGUCACCUGCCGUUGCUACGCUUGGACUCAGAAAAGCAGCUCAGGCAUCAGAACAAGAGUUCGGCAGUCACGUGACUAGCUUUGUUACAAGAGACUUCUAUGUCGACGACGGUCUUACAUCAUGUCCUACAAAAGAGGAAGCUGUUAAGCUCAUGAAGGAUACACAGCAAGCAUUGGCAAAGUAUGGAAACUUACGGCUUCACAAGUUCGCCUCUAAUUGUGCGGAAGUUAUAUCUGCGUUUCAUGCCAGUGAUUUGGCUUCAAAUCUGAAGGAUCUAGACUUAGAAUCCGACAGCAAACCCUUACAACGUAGUCUUGGGCUCAGCUGGGACGUAAACACUGACAACUUCUUAUUUCAAUUAUCAUCAGAAAACAAACCGAUCACUCGCAGAGGAAUUUUAUCAACGAUAAACAGUCUCUACGAUCCUCUGGGAUUUUUGGCUCCGGUGAUUAUACAAGGGAAACUCCUAUUAAGGAAAAUAGUAUCAGAAACCGUCGAUUGGGACCAACCUCUCUCUGAUGAGAGAGCAGCUGAGUGGAAAUCUUGGAGAGAUACUCUAAUUGCUAUCGAAACAUUGCGCAUUCCACGUACCUACGUGCCGUAUCUCAGCAAAACCGCCACAAAGGAGUUACAUGUCUUCUCUGAUGCAUCAGAAAAAGCCAUAGCAGCUGUUGCGUAUCUACGCACGACCGACAGUAGUGAUGAACCAAACAUAGGUUUCAUUCUUGGGAAAGCUAAAGUUGCACCAACAAGUGGUCAUACUAUUCCACGACUUGAACUAUCAGCUGCUGUAUUAGCAGUUGAGAUCACCCAAACUGUCAUGGAUAAUUUAGAUUUACAUAUAGACACCGUAAAAUUCUACACAGACAGUAAAGUGGUUUUAGGUUACAUCAGUAACGAGACAAGAAGGUUCUUUAUCUACGUCGCCAAUAGAGUAGAGAAAAUAAGGAAAUUUAGCUCUCCAAGUCAAUGGAAUUAUGUACCAACUAACCGUAAUCCCGCAGACUCGGGAACAAGGUCCGUACCAGCCCAUGAAAUUCAUAGCAGUGAAUGGUUAUUGGGACCAAAACAACUUCUUUCCUCAGAACAGAAGAAUUCUGAGGACAUAUAUCAGCUAAUAGAUCCAGAAGAAGAUGGAGAAAUCCGUGCAACUGUGAAUGUUGCAAAAACAUUUGCCACAUCUGAGCAUAAAGGUAUCGGAACUGAUAGAUUCAACCGAUUCUCCAACUGGACAUCACUUGUGCGAGCGAUAGCCUUUUUGGAACGUUUCUCCCGUUUACACGGGUCAAAACAGGCUUCAUCAGUGACUUCUUUUGAUAGUUUUUCGAAUGCCGAAAAUUUCAUCUUAAUAUCUGCACAACAUGAAGUUUAUGGAGAUGAAAUAGAUUGUAUAAAACGUCAGGAACAAAUUAAUAAGCGGAGCCCGAUAGCUAACCUCAAUCCGUUUUUGGACGAAAAAGGACUAUUACGAGUAGGAGGCCGUAUUGUCAAAUCUGACUUAAACUUCCGUGAAAAGAAACCAUUGAUCGUCCCUGGACGCCAUCAUAUAGCGACAUUAUUAGUUCGACACUACCACGACAAGAUAAAACAUCAAGGUCGUCAUUUCACAGAUGGAGCGAUUCGAUCCGCAGGAUUUUGGAUCGUUGGAGCAAAACGCUUGAUCUCUUCUAUUAUUCACAAAUGUGUAACAUGCCGCAAACUCAGAGGAAAAACCGAGUAUCAAAUCAUGUCUGAUUUGCCAGAGGACCGUCUUGAACCGUCACCUCCGUUUACUAACGUUGGAAUAGACACCUUUGGACCCUGGACAAUUGUUUCACGUAAAACACGUGGUGGAUACGCCAACUCUAAACGUUGGGCAAUUUUAUUCACAUGCUUAGUGACAAGAGCUAUUCACAUCGAAUUAAUCGAGGAAAUGAGCUCUUCAGCCUUCAUAAACGCCGUCAGAAGAUUCGCCGCUAUAAGAGGUCAAGUAAAGAUUUUCCGAUCUGACCGUGGAACAAACUUUAUUGGCGCAAUCGACGAUUUAAAGAUUGACUCAAUCAACGUCGAAGAUGGACCCUUCAAGAACUUUCUGUACAAUUCUGGUACAACUUGGAUCUUCAAUCCGCCACAUUCGUCCCACAUGGGUGGAGCCUGGGAAAGAAUGAUUGGUAUCGCAAGGAGAAUUCUUGAUUCUAUGCUUCUAAACGCAGCAGGAAGAAGCCUAACGCACGACGUGCUCAACACACUAAUGGCAGAAGUUUCAGCAAUAGUGAACUCUAGACCUCUGGUACCGGUAUCGACAGAUCCAGAGAAUCCGUUAAUCUUAACGCCAGCUAUGUUAUUGACACAAAAGACCGAUUACAUCUUCACUUCAGAUCAGCUUGGAGAAUUCGACAGACAGGAUCUAUGUCUAGCCGAAUGGAGACGUGUACAGGCUCUUGCCAGUGUUUUCUGGUCCCGUUGGAGGAAAGAGUACCUGCCGUUACUACAACCACGACGAAAAUGGACCGACGAUCGCCGUGAUCUCAUCAAAGGAGACGUCAUUCUCCUAAAGGACAAAAACCUUUGCCGUACUCAAUGGCCCAUAGGCGUUAUAGUAAAUUCAUUUAAGAGUUCCGACGAACAUGUCCGGAAAGCAGAAGUACGAAUCAUCGUAAAUGGAAAAGCCACCAUCUACACACGCCCAAUCGUGGACAUGAUUCUUCUCAUAGAGAACGAUUGUAUAUAGUUUUUGGAAUAGUGAUAUCAGUUAGACAUCAGACGGGGAGUAUUCUGUUUCACAUUCAAUGUUUACUAUAUGUUUUCAUAAUCAUCCGGAACAAAUCGCACUGGACCGAUUUCUUACAUCACCGUACGUAUUGACUGCCUUUAAUUUCUGUGACACCGUCUGCUUCAAUAUUUCAACACAUGUAACAUGGACGACAUUUAAUUUUCUGAGGAAAUCGAGACAUAUCACUGUCAAGUACGUUUUAUUCAUUUAUAAACUGUGAUAAUUUAAUCUGUUUAAGUCCGUUAAUUUGGAUAAGUGAUUUAUUAAAUGCAUACGAACUGUAAGUUAUUUAUAACCGAGAUUGGAACUGUAAAUUCUACUUUCGUUUUCAUUUCAUUGUUUUAAAUAUUUGCAUAUGAACUUUAAUAUGUUCUUUCAUACACAUUGUAAGUAUUUCUUUUUGUUUUAUUGCAGUUUACCACAAACAAUCUACUGACUACUUGUAAACCUUUCUGGUGGAAUAUUAUAAUUACAAUUUUCGAAACAA